GCGUGCAUCAACGUCAAGGAUUGUUUUCUAACGAUUCGUUCGAUAUACCCUCACGAGUAUCUUUUUUUUGGGGGGGGGUAGCCUUUUCUUAGUCCCCUUGGAAUGUCCUUGAUGGGCGGUUCCCCCAGGCUAUUGGCAGUUCUCCUUAUUUUGGUGGCUCUGUUGGCGUGGAGCCCCCUGGGAAUCGUGCAGGCGGCUUCGAUCUCUGGAUCAGUCGGAUGGGAUAUCGGUGGGACGGUGCCCGUAACGCUUUACCUGCGUUUUGAAAAACAAGUCGAGCCAGGCAUCGUUUCGGCCUGGGAUGAGGAAGGAGAUCUUGGAAAGGCGCAACAAAAACGACCUACCAAACUGCCAGAUCGCAAUCCCCCUUCCGAUACGAAGGUCUUGGUUUGGACGAAACACCAGGCGCAGCUGACGCGUAGUAUUCCACCCAUCUACGCCCCUCGUUUUGGGAUAAACAAGAUAGCCGAGCUCCCCAUCCAGGCGCCGAUGAAGCGCGCGAAGGAGAUGCUGGAGGCAUCGCCCCAAAGUUCAAAUACUCAUAUGGCAUUACGUUUCAUGCUCGGCGGGAGAUUAAGAAAGGAAACGACGUGGUUACCACUCGCAGUACGCCGCUCGAUCCAGAAAAAUCCAUCCCUGAUAAGUUUUUUACUCCCAGAGCAGAUUGAGAACCUCGAGAGCGAAGGGGAAAUCGCGGUGCGGUAUCUAUCUCAUAUUGACUUCUUCUUUGGCUUCCAACUCGGCGCUAUUAACCGCAUCACGUCUUUUCGCGUGGAGUACACCUACUCGGAGAGCGUUCCCGACGUGCUAGAGCUGCAAUACCACUGGAACGAGCAUCAAGCCUACAAUACGCAUCGCGCAUUAACGCUUUGCAGUGUUGUGGUCCUGUUAAUAGCGAUAAUAAUGGCUAAUAGUAUGUUGUCACGCCAAGGGAGGCUCCCAAAACUCUUUAGACGCAAAGUUGUCGUGGUACGCGCUCAUGAGGAUUGA